UAUUUUUCCAGGGGAAGUACAUGUGUGCACGUAUUGACAGAUGUGAAUACUUCAAACAGAGUCCUUGUGAGACAAACUGAUUGAUUUUUGUGGGUGGAUAUCAGUUUGUUAGCCAACGGUCCGCUGGAGAAACAAGAGCAGUUGCCAUGGAAACUAUUUUGCUCAUCGUCUCUUCACUCCUUGUAUAUAUGGCUGCUGCAGCAAACACUGAUACAGAGGGGGCUACCAAUAAACCUGAAAACCCAUUUAUUUAUGACUAUGAGAUCUUGAGGAUUGGGGGGCUGGCAUUUGCAGUGGUGCUGUUCAUGCUGGGCAUUCUUCUUAUCCUCAGUCGACGAUGCCGCUGUGGUAUUAACCAGAAGCCCAGGGCACCUGGAGAUGAGGAGGCACAGGAGGAGAAUCUGAUUGUCUCCAAGGCUGCAGCAGCUGCCAAGGAGACUCCAGCAGAGAACUGAGGCAACGCUAAAGGACCUGACUGCCUUCUGAAAUCAUGAUUUUAUUUGAUACUUAUCCACAAUAAUAGUGAAGGUGUGGGUGAUUAUUAUAACUGGUUAUGUGACUGGGUAAGAGGGGAGGUAUAUGUUUAGAGAUAUAACACUAAUAUGUACAUAAUUCUUGUGCCUGUUGUUCUUUGUCGUGAUUGUGCCGGUCCCUUUCUCCCUGCCAGUGCUCUUGUCCAUUCCUGUGCCUUUCUGUGACAGUGUCUCGCUCCACUUUACUGUCGUAGCCAGUAGCACCUUUGACACAAGAUUAUCUUUAGAACCCGAGAAAAUUUUUUAAUCUUGUGUGACUUGCUUUUGUCAUCUGUCCUGUAUCAUAUUUUGCCACAGUUAGAAUAUAGCACACACACACACACACACACACACACACACACACACACACACACACACACACACACACAUA